AUGGAUCCCCGAACAGCUCCUGCACGAAGAUCAAUUUGGGGCCCUUUGGAAGAAGCACAGUUCCAGCGGAACAUCGGUAAACUGUGGAAAAUCACCCAUGGACAGCCCAAGGAUCCCCAAACGUAUCCUCUCCCUACAGAAAGUACCACCAGAGACGACGUUGUUCCAAUUACAGUAGAGCUUCAGCUCGCGAAGGGCGUUGCAUUCAUCUCCGCGGCCAAAAAGGGCGUGGAAUCCGUCACGGCGGUAGCGAUAGAGCAACCUCAGAACCCAUCCCAAGGACUCCGACUGAAUUUGGCGGCCAAUGAAGAGAUUCGGCCGGGAGUCAAAGACAGGAUGGACGAGGUAGCCGCGAUCUUGCGAGAAACGGCCCGAGAAGACAAGACUAGAGAUCAAUGCAAAGACGGCAUUCUGGAGUUGAUUGUACGGUUGAACCAGGCCCGGAUUGACGGCCGUCUCAAGAGCAAGCGCUCUUUGUAUAUAGUUCGAGACGGGUUGCUGGAUAUAUUGACGAAAGCGACCUCGCAGUCGGGCCAUCGCGAAACUCUGUCUAGUCGACUUCAAACCCUUUGCACCUCUUUGGGAGACUAUUGUAAUCGGGCCGGGGGACAAAAGACGAUCGAGGAUGUCAAGAGACUCGUGGUUGCAUGUUAUGCCUUCUUCGAAGCAACAACAGAUGGGGAGAGUGUGACGGACAUGCUCCGUCAGGUUGGCGUCGACGUGGAUGGGUCACGAGGAAAUCCACACCUUCGACAGAUUGGGAAGAUUGCCAGCUACUGUCACAUCGCGGAGACGUUGAGUACGAUCGCCUCACACCAAGAAUAUCGACGCUUCUGUGUCAAUCUCAGUAUCCGCUAUGUAUGUGCGUAUAAAACUGUUCCAUCGCCCAUCCCCGCAGUCGACGGUGGGAGUCGGGAUUGUCACGUGCAUGCCGAAGUACAGCUGGUGGUCGACCAGGAUUUGAGAGGGCCUUCGGACUGGAGAAAACCACGAGCAAUUGCCUCCAGCAAAGCAGCAUGCUUUCUUUGUGAACUGUUCAUCAAUGGGCACGGGACGUAUUUCGUUCCCCGAACUCAUGGUAAAUUGACUCCCCACUGGACGAUCCCAGAUCUUGACCGAUUCAGUCCAACUCAACGGAGUCGGUACCAAAAUAUUAUUGGCUCAAUGAAUCGCGAGCUCCAAAGAUUGAUCAAAAUUCCGCACCCACGCCGGCUCGAUGCUGCCAUGAGUUGGCAGACAUUGUCACAGCUGAACUUGUUCCCAUACUCGCCACCAUCUGCUAACCACAACUAUCCUUCGCUUCCACUCGUGCAAAUCGUCCCUGCUAUUCCGGGACCGCUCGAAACUGGUGGAACAACUUCGGCAAGUGGCGAGCUGCAAGAAACAGCCGUUGCCGCAAUCAAUCAGGACGUCAAGCUGCUUACAGCUCAGGCACAGUCGGACACGAGGGCCUCGCCCAUCAGAAACCCCAUAGAAGAGCCAGGUGGACCCUAUAUCAACAAUGAAGAACAACCCGAGGGACACCUGUUACCGAGAAAUGCCUUGAUCCCCAAACUAGGUAUAUCCUAUUCGUCUCCGGGCAUUGGAGAGAUUCCUGGACUGCAACACUCACCCGGACAAAUAACACAGAGGCAGGUUCGAUCUUGCAUGAGUCUCGAUUCCGAGCAGCUUGUAGAAGCUCCUCGUGUCAUAAGAGAUCAUAAAAGUCGAACCUGCGACAUGCCGUCCGAGCGUGGCAUGCAUGGACGACCACGGGGUCAAUGCAGCACGCCACGUUCGGACGGCAUGAGCCGAAAAAUCGACUUUCAUGAUAUGGAGCUCUUCCUUGAGAUUGAGUAUCCAGCAACCGCACAGAUUAUUAUCAUUCAGUGCUCUAGGCCGGACCGACCGGAAUCCCACCGAGUCAUCGAGGUCGACAAGAUCAAGCCCGGAGCGACGCUUGAGGUUGACACAGGGGGGGACUUGGCGCAACCUCGAGUCAUGUUCCUUACCAUGAGGGAUGACACGGGGAUAGAACGAUGGUGGGAGUGCCGUUGGAAGAGGAGCGGAUAA